GUUACAGUCGAAGGUGAAACGGUGAAGUCGUACUAUAGCCUCGGAAACACUACGAGUCGCAGACCAGCUUUCUACUAAACUUUUUCUUCAUAUCCUCCUGACGUAAAUACCUUCUGAAUAGGAUACUCUCGUUGUUUGCGUUGAACCACUGCACUGCAUUAUGCAGGAACAUUUCCACGCUCUGACAGUAGCUAGUACAUAGAGAGCUGAGGUUUAACCCAUGGGUGUAUUAGACUGUUUCUCUAUACAUUUUCACCGGUCUCGUUCGGGCGGCCGGCGACCUAUUGACAACUUCGAAGAUGAAUCGCCCGGGCAAGCUGGCGUUGCAGAGAACGCCAGCCGGCUGAUGGACGACCUUCUCAAACUGGAAGUUCAGCCUGUCACUUGGAAGCAACACAUCCAGGCCACCCUUCGGUGUAUCCAAGAUGGUCUGGCUGCUGACCAAUGCCACUUGGCAGUAUUUUCUGCUCAAGGUCAGGCUCCUUUGCUGAUCAGUCGCACUGACGGAGCGCCAACCGAAGUCGAGUCGAACAUGGCAGGGCCACAGUGGGGUUUGCUGCUGAGUUCCUUACACAGCGCAAACGACUGUACCGCUGUACCUUUCCUCCUGACACACGACGGCGAGCUGCUGCCAAUACCGCGACAGGAUGCUACCCCAACGAAAACUGCUAAGGCCCGGCGAACCACUUCACCUCACGUAUCCAUGAAGUCUUCCACAGCCUGUUCCACCGCGCCUGCUGAUGCUGCUGCGGUAGCGCUGCGGUGCGGUGAUUUGCUGGUGCUGCCCUGCCGCACGCGGGGCCGCCUGGCGGGAGCACUUUUGCUGGGCUGGGCAGCUGGACCCUCGGGGGGGCAGCCAGCCGGAGUUUCCGAAGGCAGCGUCCAUGGUGGACCCCACGGUACCGUGUGUACGGUAGAUGCUGUAGUACAGAAACUGAGCCAUGCGGAUGUACAGGGGCUUGAGCGCAUGGCUCGCUUUGUGAUGUACGGCAUGUUUGGGCAGCCGGAACAUGGCGCAUACCUGACGCAGGUGGCUGACGCGCUCUCCCUGCUGCCGCAAGCCGCCUCCGUGCAGCAACUGCUAGCUUCGGCGCUGAGCGCUGUACGGCAUCUUCUGCGUGCUCGUACCUCCCUGGAGAUCUACCCCAUCAUGGCGGCAGUGCACGGCACCUCCCAACCCGCAGCCCUGUUUGCCCAGCGCAACACGCCGUUCCUUGGUGGGUGCUGCGGGGGCGCAGCGGUUGGCGGAGAUGGCAGCGCCGACUGUGGCAGCGGCCUAGCCCUGCUGAGCUCCUCGGCUCCGGCGCGUCUGGACAUGCUGUUGCGUACGGGUUCCCAAAGCCAGCAGCAGCAGCAGCAGCACAACCCACCCAAGGUGGUCUACGGCAAGCUGUCAUCGCCUGACUGCAGCUGGCACAGGAAUGCACCAGGGCAUCACCAUAGCCAUCAUCAGGCGCAGCUUUCCCUUUCGGCCCUGCCUCACAUCCGCGCCGCUCGCGCCCCACCCUGCGAGACCCUGCUGGCGGAGGCACUACGGCAACAGCAGCCGCAGUGCGGGCUGUCAUGCGAGGCUAUUGCACGGCAGAGCAGCAGGAGCAGCUCCCUCGUCAGCGGCUGCGCCCAGAAGCCUGUGACCGCUGGGUUAUGCAGCCGCCGUUCUUCCACCUCGGGGGCUCCGGAGGCGCAGUUGCUGCAGGUCACCGGUGGCCACAACCCGUGCGGGGAGCUAUCGUCCAAUGACCACAACAACCUCAUCACGCGCACCGUUUCAGACGUGGCUUCACUGGUUCUUGACACAGCGGCGCCGUGUGCUGAUGUGCUGCUGAGCGGGCGGCUGGCUGGGCUGCCGCGGGUGGGUUCGCUAGUGCUGAGCGCUGAGCUGCCCCGCACGCAGCCGCAGCUGCAGCUGCCGCAGGCACGCAAGUCAGCGGCGUUCUCGCGGCAGCCGUCGGCCCUUCGGUUGUCGCAACUGGGCGAGAUGCAGGUGCUGUCGAAUGAAGACGUGGACGGAGAGAUCAUCAUUGGGGACGGCCCGGGGAGGUGUGAGGGA